AUCGUGCUACAGAAAAGUAUAACGUCCGACACUAUAAGUGGAGCAGCACACUGCUGGCUAUUCUUCAUGCAACAAACGCCAUGCUGCCUCUAUAUCUCGUAGUAUCAUUGCUGAUGUUAGCAACUUCAUCAUAUCAGUUGCUAUUAGACGAAUCUGAGACGACAGAUGAAUUUCUCGAGGACUUUUUGGUCUAUCCUAUAAACCCGCUGAAAAUUCGUAAGCGCGAAGUGACAUCACAGGGAUCCCGUGCUGACCAUGACGCGUUUGUUGAAGAGAAGUUGAUACAACACUCACAGGCAUUGGAACAACUUCUGCGGAUGGUCACUAAAACUUCAUCAGUGACCAGGCGAUUGGUGGAGCACUUGAGUAGAAAUAUAGAGAAACCUUCAAUGCCUGAAGAAGUAAAGUUUACUAGGCGUUCCUCCGAUGGCAAGGUUGACUUGGUAUCAAGCGUCACGCCUACGGCUAAAAGCCCUUGGUGCGAGCUUUCCGUGCUUUGUUCUCGAACUCUGAAGCCUAUAUGUGCAUUCGACGAUAACUUUGGAUACGGGAGGUUCUUCGAUCUCUGUCACAUGUUCCAAGUUAAUUGCUAUUGGAAAUACAAUUUCUCUAUCGUGAAAAAUUGCAAGCCAAGUUUUGACGAACCUUGAGGAUUAUUACAAUAGAAAUAAAAA